AUGGUAGCAUUGUCAAUUGCACCAUAUCCAGGUCUGGAAGGCGAGACUGGGGAUGGUGUUGCUUUGAGUGUUGGAGUCGUAGACCUCCUCCACAAGACCCCUCCAAGCUAUGGCCGGGGGAGGAUCAGGUCCAUUGCAUCAGACAGCUUUCAGGAAGCAACAAAUAUCUCUUUAUAUUACUCACAGUCUAAUCUUUCUACUAACAUUGUGUUUGUCACAGAGCCCAGAGUCUGGGAACAGCUCGAUGGUAGGAAGCAGAUGGUGAUGAUGGGAGGCUGUUUAUUGGAGUCAAGGCCCGUGCCUCCUGGAGCUCCCCGGGCCGUCCAGCAGAGCUCGGGCCCGGCCCUUUCCCAAUGCAACCGGCCCGGAUUUACACAAACCCGCCGGGAUCAAACUCCACUCACCCCCGCUCGAGUCGGUGAACCGCCAACGACAGCUGCUUUCGGCAGUGCGCAUGCGUUUAUCAGGAUGUUCUCCGCAGCACCACCAGCGGUCGGAGGUACACAUGGCCACCAGUGGUCGGAGGUCCAUACAGCGCCCCCAGUGCUCGGAGGCGUGUGGGACAACGGAGAGGCAAAUCACAAACGUGACAAAGUCUGCACAUGCAGGAAAUCCAGCUCAGCACAAACAAAAGGCUGGUGGAACUCAGUAGACCCGGCAGCAUCGAUCGAAAAGGGUCGACAGUCGACGUUUCCAGCUGAACCCUCCUUCAAGAUUGAGAUGGAAUGGGGGAAAUAUCUAAAUAAAAUCGGGGCGGGCGAGAAAAUGCCUGCCGGGAUGGUGACAGGUUGA